UAUUCAACAAUGAGUGGAAGAGGUAAAACUGGCGGUAAAUCAAGAGCGAAAGCUAAGACGCGGUCAUCCAGAGCGGGUCUUCAGUUUCCCGUCGGCCGUGUUCACAGGCUACUUCGCAAAGGUAACUACGCACAACGCGUCGGUGCCGGAGCUCCAGUUUAUCUCGCCGCUGUCCUCGAGUAUCUCACCGCUGAGAUCUUGGAGUUGGCCGGAAACGCCGCUCGGGACAACAAGAAAAGUCGGAUCAUUCCCCGCCAUCUACAGCUGGCCGUGCGUAACGACGAGGAGUUGAACAGACUUCUGGGCGGCGUGACGAUCGCUCAGGGCGGUGUGUUGCCCAACAUCCAGGCGGUGUUACUGCCCAAGAAGACCGACAAACCCGCUAAGGCAAAGUAAACGGGGGACAGUUCAUUUCAAACCAAAGGCUCUUUUAAGAGCCACCCACAUUAUCACUGAGAGAGCGACGAGGUUUCUGAUUUAAUCCAUCGAGUUUGUAUAUUAAUGCAUUAUCAUAGACCUGCUAUAAAUGAGGUCGCAUUCUCCAGAUCAGUAUGUGAGACCACUGCCCCAAAUGUUCUACAAUAUAUCUGUUUACUCGUGCCUUUGACGGUUUAUCAGAGUAAAAUAAUAAUUGUAAAGCGUCUUGUUUUAACGGGUUUAAGUUAAGAAACGCGUGGGAAAGCGGAGCGCUUCUGUCCUUAAAAACUUUGUUGCUGCGCUUGUGAUUUAACAUAAAGGAUUAUUUUAAUUUGAUUUGUAUGUGAAGACCUUUAUAUGUGAACUUUGUUAAAUAGCAACGUGCAAAUGUCUGAUCAGAGGAAUAAUACACGAGUAUUAAAUAAAGAGAUAAAGAGAAAUUA